CAUCUCCAUUUAGUAGAUCGAGAUAUCAUCUUUUUCUCUCCGAAUUCCAUUUUCGUCCUCUGCUUUCCUUCGUCCAUCCUCGCAGCUGCCAUCCAGAGAGCCUGCUCCUGAAUGACCUUGCAAGAUCAAGCCCACUGAGACCUAUCGUUGCACUUGCAGUGUCGACGAAGCGAUUGUACCCUUAAGUCCCCCCAAGUCGCCAUGAUCUUCACAUCCCCUGCACCAUCGGGCGGGCCUUUCCGCGAUGACGAGGACAUUUACGAACUCAUCUUCGAGGACUUUCCCGCCAAGCGGCCCGACGUGCGCGGCACAGGAAUCCCCAUGCUCAUUGACGACUCGACAUCGCACUCGCUGACCUUCGAGCAGAUCCGCAUGCGCGUCGACAACCUCUCCCUCGCACUGUACGACGACCUAGGCAUGCGCAAGGACAGUGUCAUUGGCAUCUUCAGCGCCAAUAAUAUCGACUACCCUGUCGUCAUCUGGGCCACGCACCGCCUCGGUGGCAUCGUCAGCGCCGCGAACCCGGCGUUUCAGCCGGGUGAGCUGAACUACCAGCUCGAAGCGAGCAAGGCCACAGUCCUCUUUGUCAACGAAAACCAGCUCGACGCCGGCCUCGCCGCGGCAGCAAAAGCGGGAAUCCACCGAGACAAGGUCAUCGUCAUUGAAUCUGUGGAGAGCAUACGCAAGGCGCGUGCCAAGAAUGGAGACAAGGCACCGAUGGCCAACUCACAGGGCAUCAAGACGGUUGAGGGUCUGGUCGAGCAUGGUACAAAUCUACGCAAAGCACGGGGAGAGGCGUUCUUGAAGGAGACCCGCUUCCGUCUCAACUCUGGCGAAGGUCAGAGGAAGCUUGCCUUCAUCUCCUUCUCAUCUGGUACCACCGGCCUGCCCAAGGGAGUUGCCAUUCAACACUACGCCCCCGUUUCCAACGUCCUUCAAGCCUUUGCCUACAACGAGUGCACAAAUGAAGUACGGACGCAAAAGGGACGCUUCCGGGCUGGCACCGAUCGCUCGCUCGGCAUUCUCCCCGCUUUCCAUAUUUAUGGCUUGGUAAUGGGCAUCCAUUUCAUGUUCUACGCUGGCGUUACCAACGUCGUCAUCCCACGCUUCAAGGGGAUCGACACAAUGCUCAACAGCAUCGUCAAGCACAACAUCUCCAUUUGGUUCUUAGUACCACCGCAAGUCGUGCUACUCUGCAAGGACCCAAGCGUGCCAAAAUACCAUGCGGACAUGCAACGGCUAGCCAACUACAUCAUGAUCGGCGCCGCGCCGCUCAGCGACGAUCUGUCCAAGCAGCUCAUGCACAUCAUUCCCGGAGUCGACUGGAGCCAAGGCUAUGGCAUGUCCGAGACAUCCACCCUGCUCACUCAGGGUCCGCCGGGCCAUCCCGCGGUCCUCGGAUCGGCGGGGCGGCUCGUAUCCGACGUCGAAGCGAAAGUCGUCACACCCGAAGGCAAGGAGUGUGGUGUUGACGAGCAGGGUGAGCUGUGGGUGCGCGCGCCGAGCAUCACCCUGGGUUACCUCAACAAUCGUAAAGCAACCGAGGAGAUGUUCCUCCCGGACGGCUUCAUGAAGACGGGCGAUGAGGUCGUUUUUAACAAGCACGGCGACAUGUUCAUCGUCGACCGCUUGAAGGAGCUCAUCAAGGUGCGCGGAUUCCAGGUUGCGCCUGCCGAGCUCGAAGGAUUCCUGCUCGACCACGCGGACGUUAAUGAUUCUGGCGUCAUCGGCGUGCCCGACGAGAGCGCUGGUGAGCUGCCCCUGGCAUUCAUCACACUCAGCAUCAAUGCCAAAGGCCGGGUACAGAAGGAGGGCAAGGCAGCUGAGGAGAAGAUCAGGCAGAGCAUUAUGAAGUUUGUCAAGGAUCAUAAGAUCAAGUACAAGCAUCUAUGCGAUGUGCAAUUCAUUGACCAGAUUCCCAAGACUGCGUCAGGAAAGAUCCUAAGAAGGCAGCUGCGCGAUAAGGCAAGGGCUUUGCCUGCUAGAAGCACUUCAAGCAAGCUGUAAAGUUACGUCGAUUUGCAGGGCUUGGGUGUCUUCGCGCAGGGCUCGGAGCAAUUCUGUUUCUCGCAAAUGAGUGGCAUCCGUCCCGCACCAAUGCAUGUAUUUAUGGAGGUGCGUACAUGGCAUGCUUGCCCAAAUGUGCCGGCAAAUGCCUCCCCGCGGGCUACUCUUCAUAAAGCGUGCACCUCUGCGAACUUCGCUCCGAAUUGCACGAAGCUUUCUCGUGACUGAAACCAUAAUGUUGACGCAAGCCGCGUCGCUUCCAGGACGUCUGCUGCGACUAUUCGAUUCAUUGACUUGCUUUUUGCCAGCGCCUGUAGCACAUCAAGCACGAUGCUGGCUGGUACGCCAAGCGCAGCACCCAAAAUAUCAUGCUUGCAAAGACGCCGAAGCAGCGUGACCAAGGCGCAUGUAAACUCUUGCCCCUGCUCAACCUUGCCUCCGCGCUGAAAGCCAUCC